CCGGCUGUUCAUCAGUUCUCUCAGAAACGUCGAACGAGCAACAUGAACGGAUUGAAGUCGCUGUGUAUUUUGGGUCUGGUUCUCCUGAGCCUGGCUGCCACCCAAGGGCAGGUUGUCGGAGGUGUUACCCAGUUGGAGGGAGCCAGCAGGAAAGAGGCUCUCGAUCUGCUGGACGGCACCCUCGCCCAGUUGGCCACCGGAGAUGGUCCCAGCUACAAGGCAAUUAAUGUGACCUCUGUGUCUGGUCAGGUAGUGGCUGGAACACUGAACACCUACGAGGUGGAACUUGACAAUGGAACCGACAAGAAACAGUGCACCGUGAAGAUCUGGAGUCAGCCCUGGCUGAAGGAGAACAGCACCAACAUCAAGAUCAAGUGCGCCGGUGACGUUGGCGAACUGGACCGCACCUGGUAAAAGUUUCCGUGAAAGAAUUCCCCAUUUCUGGGGCCUGUUAAUGAAAAAAUAAAAGAGCCAAGAUAAAAAUUAA